CGCCAUCUUGGACUUGGAUCGCGAAUCGCGAAUAUUUUUUACUCAAAGUAAGGUUACUGCGGCAGAACUUCUUAGGAAAGGUGAAAAUUCAAAGCUAAGUGAAAGUGCAAAAUAAGGUUCUAUUUUCGGUUACUAACUAAGCUAAACAUCAUAAUGACUGAACUUCAAAUGGACUGUGCCUUAGAUUUAAUGCGGAGACUUCCCCCGCAGCAAGUGGAAAAAAACUUAAGUGAUCUAAUUGACCUAGUUCCUGACCUGUGCGAAGACUUGCUAUCCUCAGUAGAUCAGCCGCUGAAAAUUGCACGGGACAAAGAAGCCGGCAAGGAUUAUCUUCUCUGCGAUUAUAAUAGAGAUGGCGAUUCUUACAGGUCGCCAUGGAGCAAUACCUAUGAUCCACCCUUGGACGAUGGAUCCAUGCCUUCUGAACGACUCCGUAAACUGGAGAUAGAUGCUAAUUAUGCAUUCGAUCAGUACCGUGAGAUGUACUUUGAGGGUGGCGUUUCAUCUGUUUACCUGUGGGACCUGGAGCACGGUUUUGCUGGUGUGAUAUUGAUAAAGAAAGCCGGAGAUGGAUCGAAGAAAAUUAAAGGUUGCUGGGACUCUAUUCAUGUCGUCGAAGUGCAAGAAAAGUCAACUGGUAGAAGUGCACACUAUAAGCUAACCUCAACUGCCAUGCUCUGGCUCCAGACCAGCCGUCCAGGUUCGGGUACUAUGAAUUUGGGUGGGAGUCUAACCAGACAGAUUGACCAGGACAACGCCGUAUCGGAGAACAACCCGCACAUAGCCAACAUUGGGCGCCUGGUCGAAGACAUGGAGAACAAGAUUCGGAACACGCUCAACGAAAUCUACUUCAGCAAGACGAAGGACAUCGUGAAUGGCCUUCGAUCGGUGCAGACGCUGUCGGAUCAGAGUGUCCAAGAUGCCCUCCGCGACGACCUGGCCGCCGCCCUCCUCCGUCGCAACCUCAUCAAGGACAACUGAAAGAGCCGCCUCCGUCGUUGAUCUGUUUAUCAUGCAUUUGUUAACUCAUUGAAGCUCUAUUACUCUAGGUAGUUUCAAGUUACGUUGUUUCUUCGAAUCAGGGCUGUGCAAAAUAGCUUCCGGGUCCUCGGAUGUACUACACUUUGCAAUAAGGGACUAAUAUAUCCAUGGUCCAAAGUGCGGAACCACGUAUCUCCGUUUGCGAUGUCACAGACUUCCUGUCAUACUUAAUUUUUUCCUCCGAAAACUAGUUAACGUGAUGUCUUGAAAACUUCUUCGGUUUUUCUUUCCGGUAAGCAUAAUUGCACGUAUUUCUACCAAACGCAACCAUGUGCAUUAAGACACUAGCCCUGAGACCCAUAAGCAUAUGUGCAUAACAGGGCUCACAUCAUAAUGCACAUAGUUCUGUUUGAUGGGAAUACGUUCCAUUUCUUGAACGAAUUUCAAGCUAUCGAGCUACCUAGUUUCUCUGUGGAAAAAUAUAAUAGGCUUAGAAGAACACUGUAUGAGCCUUCAGAUGUUGCCAUAUUCCCUCAGACAAACCACAAAUUUUCAGGGAAAUUUGUAGAUGUUUGCAUCCGAUGUUUCGUCAAUUUUUGUUUGUAAUUUGAUCUGAAGUAUCUGAAAAUUUCAAGGAAAAAUAGCCAUAGUCUUCCUCAAAUUGAAAUCUUUGCUAAGAGUAAGUUUGGCAAUAUUUGAAUGCUCAUACGGUGUUUUUCCUUAGCAUGGCAGUUGGCAGUAUAAGAAAACUAUUGGUACUUGCGUUGUUUCUAAAAUUAGCCAGAAAUAGUGGUUCCACACUGCUAAAUGUAGUUCAGAUCUAUUAGUGCCAAAUGAGCAUGCAACGCCUGCUCAAUUUCUUUCCCACCAGAAUUUUGCCAGAAAAACAAUCAUAUGGUUAAGUUUUUCUUCUCUCUUGUCCAGCAAUUGAAAAGAAUCUAAGUAUUCAAUGGACCAUUAGAUAAAUUUAAAAUUUAGGCAUCGUAAAAUAUUUUUUCUCACUUAAGUGUUUCUCACACAACACAGCAGUGAACAGACUGAAAACUUCUGUAUUUAUCAAACAAGCGAGAGAUUAGGGUUUUUUUUUUAUCUCUGUUAAUUAGGACGUGCUGCUGAUAAUUUAUUUAUAAAUUGAUUUUGGAAAUUCUCAUUAUAUCCAAUCAGUAUUUUAAAAUUUUUUUUUGGUCCAUCAAUUAAAUUUGUCCCUCAACAUUUUUGUCCCAUGUUUUUUUGUAAUCAAUAGUUCAUCAAUCAUGGGAUAUAAAAUAAUGGGCCAAAGUAAAGUUAAGAUUAAAUACGUCAGCCAAAUUAGGUAUUGAGUGGAAAACACAGCGCAACACCUUUGCUGUUUUUUUUCAAAACUCAUUUCAAUUUUCCUUAAGUCUAAUCUCAUGAAACAGGAGGUAUUCUCUGUUUCUGUCAUAGGAGCAAUCAGGCUCAAAACUGGCAGGAAAAUACGCAUGGGUGCUUUACUAUUUUAAUUUAGUCUGUUAAGCAACAAAGAUAUCGCACAUAGGUUACUGCACAGUAUUGUAAAAAGCAAGAAAUUCAGUGUUGUCCAAUUUAAAACUUUUUCUUCUCGGGUAAACCUCGUGUGAGCGCUAAGUACAUUCUGAUAAUAAGCUGAAAAUUUGAGAAUUUGGGUUUCUGGCAGCCAGGAAACUCCUUCCAAAUCGGGCACUGAAUCAAGCCAUGCACAGCCCUGCUUUGAGUCGAGAUUUUUUAUAUUUUUGUUGUUGAGAUCCAAUGAGGUUUACUUGUUAAUCAUAUCUGUAUAGCUGUCUCCUCUAGCGCCGAAAGUUGUUGGAAAAUUUAUCUUCUUCGUUUUACUGAUUUCAUGGCAAAAUAUUUUCACUCUUUUGCUGCCAACUUAACUUAACUUUGGGCUGAUUAUCGAAAAUUGAUAGACAAAGCGAUAGACAAAUAAGACGUAGGGAGUACAGAACGAUCCUAUUGGUUGAAACGGGUGGUUCCUAUAGACUAAGAGACAAAAUGAUGGACUAACUAUAGGGUCUCUCAUGGGUUGCGGUCAAAUAUUCUGGUACUUACCUCCUUUGUCCAUUGCAACCACCCCCUUCCACCAAUAGGAUCCUUCCAUAUCCCUUUUGUCUUCUUUUUCUGUAUCUUUGUCUUUUAAUGUCAAUAAUCGGUCUGCAGACACAUCAUUUGAACAAGAUGGAUUUAGAGCCUAACCAUGUCUAACGUCGUCUGAAUUUCUUUUGUGUUGCAUUUUUUAACAGAAAAGUAAACUACUAAUUGCCUUUAAACUCUCUGUGAAUUUAUCCCAGGUCAUGAAGAAUGUACUCUUAAAAUUACGAACUUCAGUGAUGUUUGGUUCUCUGCUCAAAAAAUGUAUCAUUAGAGGCAAUUAGACAAUGUCUUAUGGAGUUUGAUAGAUUCUGGUUAAAUUGUCCAACCAUCCUCCUGGAGAAAAUACCAAGUAACAUUAAUAGCACUUAUCUGAUACAAUUUUGAAGAUAGGUGCUUUAUAUUUCUUCCAGUGUGAGUAUACAUACUUGUAACUUAGAGUUAAUAGAACACUUUAUUGGCAAUGUUCCCCAGAGUCAGCCCAUGCUCUAUGUUUUUCGAUAACUUUUCGUUUUACUAUUGGAUAUAUUCUCGAGACUGCAUGAGAGAGGAUGUCCAGACCUCAUCUGGAUGUGGCAAGAGUACUUUCAAAAAUUGUCAAAUGAUUUUCAUAUUUUAUUUUCACAUAUUUUAUCAUUCUUUCACAAUAUUUCGUAAGUAGUCUCCCAUCCCAAUCUUAAAAAUUUGGCCCACAAAAUGUGUUAUAACCCUUUUUGCAUCUUCUCCUGUGAGUAAUGCCAAUAUUGUUAAGAUAUAUUGCUUUUAAUGGGCAGUUUUUUUUUGUCAAGAACUUUCAACGCUAUUAACAGAAGCUUUUUACCAUCACUAAGACCACAAUAGCUAAUCCAAGGAUAGCAAGGUAAAUUUUCCAACGCCUGCCGCUCAUUAUCAGAACUCUCUUCGCGGUCAGCGUCUAAUCUGCUUUUAAUCAUGGAAUAACAAAUGAAUUUCGGCGCGAACAUAUGUAUUCAGACUGCACUUAAAUUCUACUGCAUUAGGUUUCUCUCUAACCCAAGUUUUGUUUAUCCAAUUUUAACUUGAGCGCAGCCUCACUGCUGCGCUGUCAGUUAAUUUCAAAAGGCAAUUAACCCAAACUCAAGCUGCAAGCUGAUCAUUGAAAUUGAUAGACCAAGGAAACAGAGACGAAAUAAAAGCAAUCCUGUUGGUUGAAACGGGAAGUUUUUUCUGGACUAAGAGAUGAAAUGAUGAACUAGCUAUAGGGCUCCUUGUGGAUUGAAGCAUUAAAAAUUUCGAAACGUUCCUCUGCUGGAUCAUAAUUGGCUAACAGAACUGUUUGAUGAUAAUUUUGAUGAUAAUGAUGUAAAAGUUCUAGUUUCGAUUGAUUCUUCCAUGUUUCAAGUUGAUGUUAUCUCUUCCUUUAAACUGCUGUUUAACAAUGAAGUGAAGUUUUAAAGUAUUUCAUCCUAAUUUUGUACUCGGCUAUGACCUUGAGGCCACUAUGCUUGGGGCAAUGCCGUCGUAAUUCUGCGCGUCUGCAGGAACUUGCAAGCUUUUCUAAAAGGAGAUUCUUCAGAGUCAAACUGGAAUUCAUUUCAAAAUCAGACAAACUCCAGUGAAUGCAAAAUAUUUUUACACUCAAAAUAGAUCAAGGUCCUUCCGGGAAAACAUUCUGAGCCUGAAAAAGGCUCAACUAACUGCCAGGGACAUUGAAUGUUGCUCCAAGUUAAACAUUGGCUGUAUUGAGCUACAUUUUCCCUUUGUAUUCUUUUUCUAUCGUUUUGUCCAACAAUUUCAGUAAUCAGCUUGCUUGUGAGGUUUCUCAGUCAUCAAAUGAUUGAUUUCUCUCUACUAAUCUGAAGCACACUCUUGUCUAGUAAUUUUUUGUAAAUAUUAUCAAGUAAGUCGCAGUUUUUAGGAUGCUGUGUAAUAUAGUUCUAGAACCCUUCAUCUUAAGGAGCUCCCCCAAGAUUUACAUGUUUCUGGAACUACUUGAAUUUUGCAAUCGGAAGUCUGCUGGCUGAUUCUUGAAAUUGACAGACAAAGCUAUAGACAAAGAAAUAGUGGAGUGAUCCUAUUUGUUUAAAUGGGUGGCUCCUGUAGACUGACCAUAGGGUCUUUCUUGGGUUACUGAUAAAUUGACUCACCUCCUUUGACAAUUGCAAACGACCCGUUUUCAUUUUCUCUUUGUUAUCUUUUUUAUCACUUUGUCUGUCAGUUUCUAUAAUCAGCCUGCAGGCCAGGUAUCUUGACUGAAUGUACUUGUUAAAAUAUAUUUUUUUUCCUUUUUUGCUCGAUGAUCGCUUCAAUUGAAAAAGAACCUUUGGCCAAAGUUGUAUGAUUUGGCCUUAAUCAUUUCAUUUCCUCGAAUUGCGUCAAUUGAGGAUAGAUCUAUGCUGCCUCCGUCUCUGUUUAUUUCAGUUUCUCAUGUCUUCUCUAAUUGUUAUAUUUUUUUUAUUCAUAUAUAUUCACUUUUACAUCAAACGA